AUGUUGCAGGUGAAUGCACAUGUGCAGGAUUUUGCCGAGAAAGUUCGUACAAUGCAUAGAAUAUGCUCUGAUCUAACCAAUCGUAUACAACAGAACAAAGAGAAAACUCAGGAUCUGCUCAGUAAAACCAGCGCUCUACAAAACCAAAAAAAACGUCUGGAAUCAAAGCAGAAAGCAAUUGAUGAUUUCCUUGGAAGGUUUUCCUUGAACGAACACGAAAAGAGAGCGCUUGAAGGUAACACUAAAGGUGGAAAACGUCUGGAAUCAAAGCAGAAAGCAAUUGAUGAUUUCCUUGGAAGGUUUUCCUUGAACGAACACGAAAAGAGAGCGCUUGAAGGUAACACUAAAGAUGGCACCAUCACAAGCGACUUCUUCCCUGCUCUCGCACGUGCCCGGGACAUCUAUAUUGAUAGUAAAGAACUGCUUCGAAGCAGUGGAGAACACUCUGCCGCGGUGGAAAUCAUGGAGGAAAUGUCACAAACAUUGGAAAGGGCCUACGAAGUACUGUACCGAAGCAUACAAAGGGAAUGUCGCAUCCUGAGCGCAGACUACGUUGAGAUGAAAGCUGUGCUGUGUCAGUCAUUCGCCGCAUUACAAGAAAGAGAGGUCCUACUGAAAUAUGCUUUAGAUGAAGUUUGUACCGCACGAAAGAAUCAGAUUUUACGCUUGUAUAUUGAUGCUCUGACUAAAGGUACUCACAGCAAUGGUAAACCUAUUGAGCUGAUGAGCCACGAUCCGCUACGGUAUAUGGGUGAUAUGCUCGCAUGGAUUUAUGAAGCUUUAGAAGGCGAGAGAGAGCUUUUGCAAAUGCUGCUCAAAGAGUGUGACCCACAAGUUAUUCGGGAAAACCUGACGAGCCUUCUAUCGCAGAUCUCGAGUGCUCUCUGCCGUCCAUUCAAGCUCCGUGUUGAACAGGCACUGGCUGGGGAAUCCGAUUCCGUUGUGCUCUAUCGCCUUUCUGCGCUCUUCUUAUUUUAUUCAGAAAAGAUGACGCCACAGAUCGGACCAGAUUCGGAGUUAGCGCGUACAGUAGACGAACUCAAUCAGCUGACCCUUAAUAUCUUUUACAGUGGUCUGAAUGCGCUGUUACAGAAGUAUUCUGUCCAAAGAUGCGAUCAUUUUUUUUUAUUUUUUUUUUUCGGCCGUUGUCCAGAUUACGACUUGCUUCCGGUAUCUGCUGUACAUCAAAUUCUCAUGCUCUUGAGACUCAGUGCAGAAGCGUUUUUAUCGGUCACCAUCUUACCCUUUCCCAAGUACCAAUAUUCAGGGACGUGCUGGACACUCACGAUGGGUGCAAUUGCUCCGCGGCAGAAUGCAGAGGAAGAGUUCAACAAGAUUUUCGGUUGCGUAUUAGACCCGCUGUAUAGAUCGGUUCAGGUUGCCGCCACUCACUUGCAUUCUCCGCUAGACGUCGCUGUAUAUACGCUAAACUGUUUGUCGGCAAUUUACUCUUUGGUUAUUCUCUAUCCGUUCACCGACUCUCGACUCGAGAUGAUAAAAGCUUUAAUGGAAGGUAACGAAGAUGUCCUGGUAUCUGAAGAAGCUUCAGCCAUCCUCGCAAACACCGGCUUGAUCAGCUUGUACCAGAAAGCAGCUGCUCAUGAUCGAAAUCAAGGCUCAAUAAUAGUUCCUGAAGAGUUGUUCCAAAUCAUUGAACAUUUACAGAUGGGUGCUCCAGAUUACGACUUGCUUCCGGUAUCUGCUGUACAUCAAAUUCUCAUGCUCUUGAGACUCAGUGCAGAAGCGUUUUUAUCGGUCACCAUCUUACCCUUUUCCAAGUACCAAUAUUCAGGGACGUGCUGGCGUGCUGGACACUCACGAUGGUGCAAUUGCUCCGCGCACGAAUGCAGAGCGAAAGAGUUCCAACAGGCUUUCUCUUUUAUGGAAGGUAACGAAGAUGUCCUGGUAUCUGAAGAAGCUUCAGCCAUCCUCGCAAACACCGGCUUGAUCAGCUUGUACCAGAAAGCAGCUGCUCAUGAUCGAAAUCAAGGCCCACUGUCAGCCAUACCUGGCAUGGAUGCGAGCACUGUCAACCAAAUUUUGUCGCACUUCGAUGUCUACUUGUCUCAGCCAGAUAACUAUCAGCUGGAUCAAGUUUCUAAAAUCAGCAGUGUGCGUACAAGAGAAAGUGUGCAACAAAGGACGGUAGACAACGUCGUGGCAGCCUAUUCCGUGAUCGUUAGCAAGUUGGAAGAUCCAUUUAAUGCCUAUGAAAAUGUGGCAUUCAAGUCUGUCGAACAGGUAAAGGAGCUCCUCAAGUAA